CCCUCCCCCGGGCAGCCGGAGACGGCGGCGGCGGCGGCGUCGUCUGCGGGAAGCUGUGUCUCCGCAGUGACGUGGGCGGUCUGUGUGCCCGGUGACGUCAGAGGGCUGGCUGUGUGUAGCCAUGGGGGGGGCGGGGGGUUCUGAGCGGCGGCGCCGGCUGAGCCCUAGGGAGCCUUGGAGCGGCAGCAGCGGCGGCGGACGUGGAGGCGGCCGAUCCCGGGCAGCAGCUCAGAUUAAUUGAAAAGAGAAUGAAAGGAGCAUUGUCUAAGAAGGAAAUCUGGCAGAAUUUUCUUUAGGUGUUGUUACUUUUGGUUGCAGAAAUCCAGGUGGAGAUAUAGUCCGGGGUCUUCUUUACUGACAUCACAUAACGGGGCCAACUAUAGGCUGUCAUUUAUUUGCUAACAUAGACUAUUUUUUUGAGGAAUAUAUUUUUUUCCAGUCUCCUCAGAACAAACCACCAGACUAAGAUGCAAAUUUCAUACUUAAUUAUUUAAAGCUUAACAAUUCAGCCAUGGAAACUCUCCAGACCAGCUUCCCUUUGGUUCAGGGCUCCAAUAAAAAACGGAAUGGGCUAAGAGAUGAGGGUAGCCCUCCAUUGAAAAAAAUGAUGACAGAAAUGCAUGUAAAUGGGAAAGUGCUGAUAAAUUCUUUGCCAACUGUGAAGAAAGAGAACAUGGAUGAUUAUGGCGAAAUUCCAAUGGAGACUGAUGGGGAAAAGGCCAAGCCAAGCUGUAAUUCUGUGUCCGAACCUUUGCAUUUAAACCCUAGCUUAAAGCACACACUGGCACAAUUCCACUUAAGUAGUCAGAGCUCACUGGGUGGGCCUGCAGCCUUUUCAGCACGUUAUUCCCAAGAAAGCAUGUCACCUACUGUAUUCUUGCCUCUUCCAUCACCUCAGAUUCUUCCUGGGCCAUUGCUCAUCCCCCCAGAUAGCUCCACAGAACUUACUCAGACUGUCCUGGAGGGGGAAUCGAUCUCUUGUUUCCAGGUUGGAGGAGAAAAGAGACUGUGUUUGCCUCAAGUCUUAAAUUCUGUACUCCGGGAUUUUUCACUCCAGCAAAUAAAUACCGUCUGUGAUGACUUGUACAUAUACUGUUCACGGUGUACCUCCGAACAGCUUCACAUCCUGAAGGUCCUGGGAAUCCUUCCGUUUAAUGCUCCAUCCUGUGGGCUGAUCACACUCACUGAUGCGCAAAGACUGUGUAAUGCUUUGCUCCGUCCACGUACCUGCCCUCAAAAUGGUAGCAUGCUUCCUGCUAAAAGCUCCUUGGCCCAGUUACAAGAAACUGGCAGGGCCUUUGAAGUGGAACAUGAGUGCUUGGGUAAAUGCCAGGGUUUAUUUGCGCCCCAGUUUUAUGUUCAGCCCGAUGCACCAUGUAUACAGUGUCUGGAAUGCUGUGGAAUGUUUGCGCCCCAGACGUUUGUGAUGCACUCGCACAGAUCGCCAGACAAGAGGACAUGCCACUGGGGCUUUGAAUCGGCCAAGUGGCCUUGCUAUCUCCAUGUAAACCAAAAAUACUUAGGGACUCCCGAAGAGAAGAAACUCAACAGUCUUUUAGAGGAAAUGAAGGAGAAAUUUAGUGUCCCGAGUGCAAAGAGAGCGCAGUCCAAAUCAGAUACACCCCCAGGGCUGGAAUUACCAUCAUGGUAUCCAGUUAUAAAGCAGGAAGGUGACUCAGUUUCUCAGCCCACUCCAUUCAUCCAUCCUAGCUACUACCUCUACAUGUGUGACAAGGUGGUGGCUCCCAACGUGUCGCUCACUUCGGCCCUGUCGCCCUGUAAAGAGGCCGCGAGAGCCGCGGCCAAGAUCGCCGAAGGGAGCAAGGCUGGCCCGGGCGCGCAGCCCGACAAGGCGUACGGGAGCGGCAAGUACAAGAAGGUCGCCGCCUACCCGGAGCUUUCCCUGGAGGAGCAGGAGAGGAUGGACCUGAAGUCCAGCCAGGAGCUCGCCAGCCGCCUAGAUGCGUCUGUGCCCGCCAGUUCUGCCCCCAAGAGGAAAGCGGAGGCCAAGGCCUGCGGCCCAGACGCCGAAGGCAGCAAAGCGGACGGGGGCCGGGAGGCGGCCGCCUCGUGGCCGGCCAUCAUCAAGGACAUCAGCUGCGAGGACGACAAGGGCAAGAUCAUGGAGGAAGUCAUGAGGACCUACAUCCGGAAGCAGGAGAAGCUGAACUCGAUCCUGCAGAAGAAGCAGCAGCUUCAGAUGGAAGUGGAGAUGCUGAGUAGUUCAAAAGCCAUGAAAGAACUCACUGAAGAACAGCAGAAUUUACAAAAGGAGCUGGAGUCGUUACAGACCGAACAUGCUCAAAGAAUGGAAGAGUUUUACAUUGAGCAGAGGGACCUGGAGAAGAAGCUGGAGCAGGUGAUGAAGCAGAAGUGUACUUGCGACACGAACCUGGAGAAGGACAAGGAGGCUGAGUACGCAGCCCAGUUGGCCGAACUGCGACAGAGGCUGGAUCACGCCGAGGCAGACAGGCAGGAGCUCCAGGAUGAGCUGAGGCAGGAGCGGGAAGCCAGACAGAAGCUGGAGAUGAUGAUAAAGGAGCUGAAGCAUCAGAUUGUGAAGUCUUCCAAGACGGUCAAAGAGUAGGCGACUUGGCGGGAGAGGUUCCGGACGUCCUUCCGCGGGGUCUUCGUGAUUCCGCUGGAGCGCCUUGGCUAGAUGAAGACCACGAGGCAUUCUUUGGACUUUGGCUCACAAAGUAAAGAGAUGAUAAAUACACACACACACACAUAUUAAGGUUUUUAGAUUUUCCAAGUGAAUGAAAAUCUGUUUCUUUGUACUGGUGUUUUUUAACAGAGGUCUUCAGCAACUAGUCACAAUGAAACUUUUAAACUAGGUAUCUGUCUAUUUCUAAUGCAAAGACUGUUGUGUACUUUCUAAAGCAGCAUCGUACGGUGGGAAGUAGCCCUCUGGUCCAUUUUAUUGUUCCCCACGUGCCCCCCUUGCUUUUGGAAACACUUUGUAUGAGAUUUUUGGUGUGUUCAUUCUUCGCGAUUAAACCACGAGAGGAGUGCCAGCUCCGGCUUUUUUGGACAUUUUCUCGGUAAGUUGCUGUUGCUGAUUCACGGCUCUGGAGAGAACGUUACUUCUGUGAUUCUCUCUCGACUGUGGUAUGAAUUUCCACGCACGGUGGUGGAGGGAUUCAUGAUGCGCUGCUGCUAUGGGAAAGAACCAGCUGACGUGUUGGGGGGUUUGUUUUUCUUUUCCCUGUUUAAAUGUGCUUGUGUGAGGUAUUUUUUUUUCAGGCAGCAACGAUAGGACAUUGAACUAAAAGUAAUAAUUGGGACUUAUUUUUUAGAUUCCCUGAGCUUUUUGGCCUAAAAGUGACAUGAAAAAAUGAAUAAUUUUGGGGCUGGGGAAGGGAGGGAAUCACUUGUGUUAUCAUUAAUGUAGAUCAGCUACUUUGGUAUCUAUUAGCUUCUCUCCUGUACAGUUUUUAUAUAUAGUUAGGGAUCACACUGAUGUUUAUACUGUGGGUUUGUUUUUCUUUGGGUUGUAAAAUAUGAAACACUUGGAUGGCCAUUUUGAAUUUUUGUAUAUUUAAAUGUCAAGGUAAAUCUUACCAAAAUCUCUGCAAAUGGACCACGUUCAUUUAGCUCUUUAAUAUUAAAAAUCAGGAAUUUGCAGCCAUUAGAUAUGAAUGCACCAUAAAUUAAUGCAUGGGAAAAUCCAGAUAUCUGCUGAUUUUCAGACAAUUUCCAGAAGCAAGACAGGAAUUCCAUGUGGGAAAGUAAACUCUUGCACUUUUUUUUUUGCACAGAUAAGUCUGUCAUUCUCUAAUGCCAGAUUUCACAUUAAUUAUCCAUUUAUUUAAAAGAGCUAAAAUAGUAGCAUUCAAGUUUUUUCAUGACAUACACUGAAGCCACCAUUCAUUGAAAAUAUUUUUCCAUGCUUUUGAUAGUCUCUCAUAAGGUACUGUUUGAUAACUAUUAGAUAAAACCACUUACAAAUAUAGAUAUAGGGUUGGAUUUUGUUUUAUUUUAUUUUUUAGAUAUACAGAUUACCAAAUCCUGCUUUCAGGAUGGAUGCAAAUUAGGCACUUUGUAGCAAUUAAAAACAUUUACGCCUCUGGUUCAUUACUUUAAAGAAUUAAUUUUGUGAUUUAUUAUAAAUGGUAUUUAUGUGCCCUAAAAUAAUUUGUACCCCUCAAAUGAACAAAGAAUCAAUUCAAACAAAUAAGAUGUGUUUUUUGUGCAUUCAUUGGAGUUUUUCUAAGUUAAUAUUCAAACAGACAGAACUAGCACUGCCCAGUUUAGAGAGAGAGAGAAACACAGAAGUGUUAUGAUCUUGUAUUCCAGUUGUUGAUCAUUAGGAGAUCAUGGUUACUUUUUAUCUCUUCAGCAUACGGAGAAGGUUUCCUUUUUCUCAAAGUCACUCCAAACAAUGUCAUACAGUUACUAUCAAUGGUAGGCUUGGUUAACAUGUCAACAUAAAAUCCAGUAAAAAGUUACUCAAUAUUUGUAAAUUUCUUUUAUUUCUAAAAUUUCCAAUCCCUUUAAAUUUAACGGCAAGCAAGGAUUUAUUUCAUACUAUGAACAAUUCCCACAUACUACUUAGACUUAAUUUCACACAGGUGAUACAGUCAUGUGCCAUGUCUGAGCCUGAAUUCAUUAUAAAAAAGUUAAAAAAAAAUUAAGUUGUAAAUAGUAUACAUGUUUCUAUACUUUUACACUCAGCUCUUCUUCCAAUUUUUAAGAGUUAAGAUGACUAGUUUUAUUAUAUGCCCUAUAUAAUAACUUGAAUACAUGCAGAAAUUUUGGAUAAACAUUUAUAGAACCCUCUGACUUAAAAAAGAACAAGAAACACUACCAACAUGAACGCAAUCUUAAAAUGAGCAUUUUCUGUGUCAAUUGUUGGUAGAAAGUUUGGGCAAUAGUUUGUGGGCCAUUCUUUCCUUCAGACUCUCUUAAUAUUAUUGUUUUAGUAAAUUAAAAAAAAAGUAACAUCCAAAGCAACCAAUGAGAAAAAGCUUAUUUUAGGGAACUUUUGUUUCGAGGGAGGGAAGCAAUAGCGUAUGACAUUACUUUCUCUGGUGGGCAAUAGUUUUGUUAAUUUGCCGAGGGCUGUUUCUGUAAAAAAAUUGACCAGAUUUCCAAAAGCAAAGGAGCAAGUUCCUGUGUCCUUGGAAGCUCUCAAACUUCUGGGAUUCUGAAGUGUAGCUGUAUAUCACACAAAAAAAGAUUUUGAUAACAAUUUUAUUGAUAAAGCCAUGCUUUAGUUUUUAUAAAGCAUUCUCCUUAGCUUAAGUUCCAAGGGAAAUGACAGGAUGCUUUUCACCUCUUGAGCUAAUUUUAUAACACAUUUAAUAUAUUAAAAACCUAGAUGUCAAAUCAUUUGUAUAUAUUAAGCUAUCAUAAUGCACUUACCGAAGAAAGCCAUGUAGAGGAGGGAUGUAUAGCACCAUCUGCUGGCUAUCCAUCUAUUUUAGAAGCCCAUGUGUUUGUCCAUCCUUGGCUUCAGUUUGGAAAAAGCAAUGAUUGUGGCCCCUGAAAGUAAUAGGAAAUUACUCGGCACAUUUCUUUAGAAGGGCGAAUCUGGUGCUGAAGUCAUUUUUUGAUCAGCUUUCUCAAAUUUCCUCUCGCAGAGAUUUUUUUGAUUCUUCGUGAAAGAUGUGAUGGAUUUUCCAUUUUGCCCACUCUUGAGCCAUGUGUAAUCCACAUGAGAGAACAUGUGAGCACAUUUUUCAUUUUCCUAGUGGACUACUACUAUACUAGAGUACAUCCAGUUUUGUGUUUGGGCUGACACGGUCGUCUCAAUUGCUAUAUUAUAAAAGUUGGGGGACCGACUAAACUUUUAAAGCUUAAAAAAGGUUUCCAUUGUAUUUGUAGAAAGAGACACUCAAGCAUCUUCAUUAUGGGAAGAAACAUAUAGUUGAGUACUUUAUAUUUGAUACAUUUAUUUAUUGCCUCUAAAUUCAAGGGAGAGUCAGCUUUUUAGGGAUUUGGGCUUUUUGGUGGGGGGGAGAGAUAAAAACUUAUCAAAUUUGAAACAAUACAUUUUAUAAUAUGUUUCUUAAGUCAUUUAGAACUUAAGCAUAUGCAAGAUUACUGAAUUACAAAAUGCUCAAUACGACAUGGACAGAUGUUUCCAUUAAGUCCAAGAAAAUAAAAACAAUACACUGAAGGUUAGUUUAAUAGAAAAAGAAAUAGUUAAAAUAUUUUUCUUCACUAAAGAUACCUCGCUUGAAAAGAAAGAAAGCACAGUAGACUUAAAUUAAAAGAGUUCUAGUCAACAUAAAAAGUUCUGUCUAAAAAGAAUUUGCUGCCAUUGGGUUGCCUUUGGGGUUUUUAUAAUCCAUCAAUAAUCUACGUGUGUGUAUGCCUAUAUAUACACACACAUGCAUAUAAAUAUGCACACUAUACACACACACAUAUUUGUUUUAAUCCAUGCAGUUAGAAGUAUUGAUUUAUCCACAACAGUCAUUUACACCAAGGUAUUUCUAAUAGUCCCCAAAAAUAACAAGUGAAAUACCCAUCUGAAACUGUAGCAAAAGAGAAAAUGAAGACUUUGGAAUUAUGAUCAGUGUAUUCAACGAUUUAUACUAACUUUGCCAAUGAUGUACAGUUUGAGGGUGAAAGUUGCUGUGGUUGCAUUACAUGAGACAAACUGUCCUCUACCUCACAUGAAAUUAAACAAUAUUUUAUAUGGUUUUAGUAAACCAAGAUGCAUCUAUCUGGUCACCUAGUUUACAAAUUUUGAAUUAUAUUUAUUGAAACAUGACAUAACUGUGCUCUUAGCCUAUACCUCAAUUGUAUUUUGUGCUUUUCCCCCCUUUCCAUUUUCAUGUCUUGUAAAUACCUUGUAUAGACUGGAUUCAAUUCCAAAUAAAGAAUUGUAAUGAUAAAA